GUCGUGACGUAAGUAUAUAUAUUGUCGAUUUCAACAUUUUUUUCUUAUGUUUAUAGUGAUAAGGUAUAGCGUCGACUUUACGUAUUUUUACCAUACUGCAUCGUUGUAAACAACGGACCUUGUGCCAAUUUCGAUCAGAUGAUGAUAUGGCUGCCGAAAGUUAUCGACGUAACGUCAAAACGUCGGGUCUGAUUGUCAGACCUCAAGCUUUUAGUGAUAAAACUUACAUGGAAAGUGUAGUUGGCUUUAUACAUGAAGUUGUUCCUCAAGCUUAUAGUGGAUCUGGUAAACAAGAAGAGAGAGAGACUAUUCAGUGGGUUCGUUUUGAAUAUCUAGAUAAUGAAGAGUUUUCAAUAGUUUCUGAAGAAAAAUAUCCACCAAUAUUUUUAAUCUUGGGUUAUUCUAAUGGAAUUCAAAUAUGGGGAAUUUUGGCAAAUGGAGAAGCACAAGAAAUACUGUCAUUACGUCAGGGACCUGUAAAAACUCUGAGAUUACUUCAAACUCCAGAAAACAUUAACAGACAAGAUGUACUGGCUUCCAAAUAUCCUCUUAUAGCCAUGUGUGAUGGAACAAGUGCUGGACAACAAUUUUGUGCAAUUAACUUCACCUCCUUAAGAACAGGAGAUUCUGUUCAUUGUUUAAAAUUUAAAAUUCCAGUUGUUGACAUGUUUUAUAAUAGAAGAGUAAUAGUCAUUACAUUCCAUGAAAAGAUUUCUGUAUUUGAUGCCAUAAAUUUUAAAUUCAUGUUCACUGUUGCAGGUUGUUACCCAUGUCCUGGAGUACAAGUUAAUCCAAUUGCUUUAGGUUCAGCUUGGCUAGCGUUUGCGGAUAGAAAAUUAAUUUCUGUACAUCAGACUUGUGGUGGAAUGGCUGGAAAUGGGGUACAGUCUUAUGCUGCUACAGUACUUCAUGCUGCCAAGACAAUUACGAAAGGUCUGACUAUUUUUGGGGAGACUGUAGCGAGCAGUUUGACUGGUCAUAAAAGUCAGCCUUCGGCCAGCAAAAAGGAUCAAAAGGACACGGAACAUUUGCAACCCGGAAUUGUAACUAUUUUAGACAUAAAAUCUAUAACUCGAAAGGAGGUGAAUAUAGAUGAAGAUUCAGAUGGUGAAGGCAUUGUUGCUCAUUUUCCAGCUCAUGCUAAUGAACCAAUUUCUGCUCUCUCAUUUGAUCCAAGUGGAAGAUUAUUGUUCACUGCCUGUCGACUAGGACAUAAUUUUCACAUAUAUUGUAUAUUUCCUCAUCCUGCCAGUUCUACCUUGGGUGCUGUACAUCAUCUCUAUACUUUGCAUCGAGGAGACACCACUGCUAAGGUUCAAGACAUUACAUUUUCUCUAGAUAGUCGAUGGGUGGCGGUUAGUACACUUAGAGGCACAACACAUAUAUUUCCUAUAACUCCUUACGGAGGACCUAUAAGUGUGAGAACGCAUACAUCUCCUCGUGUAGUAAAUAGGCUUAGUAGAUUUCACAAGAGUGCUGGUCUCGAAGAGAGUUAUUCGUCACCAUCGACUGGGAGGAAUAGUCCAAUUCCUUCAGGCAGUCCAACUUCUACAGGUAUAUCAAUUGCUCGGACUUGUGAUUCACAUCCGAGUGUCUUGUAUCAGACCACUAUUUCUGGACGAAUGGGAAAUCCUCGAUUACCUCCGUAUCCUCAUCCAUUAACAAUCUCUGCUCUAGCUCAAGUGAGACAACCACAUAGUUUUCCACUUCCGAGCACAUCUCAGUCGAAAAAUUCUCCUGGCAAGGAUAGAAGUGGAAGGCGUUUGUCUGGUAGUUUAGAAAGCAUGAAUGUAGUCUCCAUAUUUGCUCCGCCAAGAGCCUGGUUGGUUGGUAGUCCUAAUUUAGCACGUGACAAAAGAGAAAAACGUCCAGUUGAUUCACUUUUUGUUGUGGGCUGUCAGGGUUGUCUAAUAGAAUACAUUCUUGAACCAAGACUACCUUCUGGUACUGGGAAAGUGGGUGAAGAUUCUCCCAUCGAACUUGAUGUUACUGCACAUGCUCAGUGGAACUUGUUUCGUCUUUUAAGUUCAAUGGAAAUUAAACCACCUUUAUCUACAACAAACCCUCUAAUAGCUUAUGAAAUUUCAUCUUCAGGUCAUGCUGAAACCAAUAAUCAAAUGCAAGACAGCCAAGCAAAAACAGAAGAGAUAGAAGAGAGCUGGCUCUCUCAGGUUGAAAUCAUCACCCAUGCUGGUCCUCACCGUCGACUAUGGAUGGGGCCACAGUUUACUUUUAAAACAUUUCAGCACAUGGCAAACACGACAGUUUUGUCUCCAGAAUCGUCUGCUCUUUUAUCACAAAGUCCAGAAGUACCUCAUUCGUCACCAUUAGAUAUUUAUACCGAAGAACUAGAUAUAGAAAAUAUUAGAACUCAUCCGGUCCGAUCUAGUCCCAUGGCUAUGCCUUCAUCUCAUCAGUCGCAUUCAGAAUCGCCAACUCUGUUACUUAUUGAAGCAAGUUCAGGAAGUUUUGAACAAUCUCCAGGAAUUCUUGAAGUUUUUGGUGAUUGGCCUAAAACUACUGAAACACACACUGCAAAAAGAGAACACAUAGAAGAUCAAUUGAAAGAAUGUCUGGCAGAUGCUAUGCAAGAAAGCAGUGCUAAGGAUAAACAUUUACAAGCAGAGAUUACAGGUAUUACAAUAAUAAUAGUUUUUUUUUUAUAUGAAUACAUUAUGAGUACAACUUCUUACAAACUGUUAAGAAUAAACAAAGUUGAAAUCAUCACCCAUGCUGGUCCUCACCGUCGACUAUGGAUGGGGCCACAGUUUACUUUUAAAACAUUUCAGCACAUGGCAAACACGACAGUUUUGUCUCCAGAAUCGUCUGCUCUUUUAUCACAAAGUCCAGAAGUACCUCAUUCGUCACCAUUAGAUAUUUAUACCGAAGAACUAGAUAUAGAAAAUAUUAGAACUCAUCCGGUCCGAUCUAGUCCCAUGGCUAUGCCUUCAUCUCAUCAGUCGCAUUCAGAAUCGCCAACUCUGUUACUUAUUGAAGCAAGUUCAGGAAGUUUUGAACAAUCUCCAGGAAUUCUUGAAGUUUUUGGUGAUUGGCCUAAAACUACUGAAACACACACUGCAAAAAGAGAACACAUAGAAGAUCAAUUGAAAGAAUGUCUGGCAGAUGCUAUGCAAGAAAGCAGUGCUAAGGAUAAACAUUUACAAGCAGAGAUUACAGAAUUUCAUGGCAGUUACGAAGAACUAAGUUCGAGCAGUUCACAUUCAGGAUCAUUAAAUCUGACGAGGAGUUCGUCUGUACAUAAUCUGGAUCAUCCCUUGGUUUUUCCUGCAUCUCCCGGAUCUUUUGAAAAUACUUAAUUUAAAUUUAUAUGCAUUUCAAAAUUAACAAAAUUCAUAUAAAUUUUUUUGUCAAAUAGUCAAAACUUUUUUCCACUUUCUUGUAUAUAACAGCUAUUCUUUAAAGGAAAAAAAAACAAAAACAAAAAGAAUGAUGAUUUCAAAUUGUCUUUAAUAAUGUAAAUAAAAAUUCUUUUAAAGAAAAAAUCAUACAAAAAGAUCAAAGUAAAUAAUGAAUUCCAGUUCAUUAAAAGAUAAAUUAUCAUAGUGUACAUUAUGUAAAGGACCACUGUAUUUUAAACGUAAGCAGAGCGAUGUUUUUAUUGAAAAUUUUUGGAAGAAAAAAAAAUUUAAAUAUUUGUGUCAU